UCUCCUCCGCUCCGCCGUCUCCUCUGGAGGUUGUCAGCUUCAUCGGGAAAACAUUUGGCGCAGGCGCGGCACUGACAGCUGCUGUCUACUUGCUCCGCAAAGUCUGUCUAAUAAUGGCCUGGAAAUCCGGAGGAACGAGUCAGGCAGAGCUUGUCAACAACCUCCGCAAAAAUGGCAUUAUUAAAUCCGACAAGGUCUACGAAGUCAUGCUGGCCACAGACCGAGCACAUUUCUCUAGGUGUAAUCCUUACAUGGACUCGCCACAGUCAAUAGGCUAUCAAGCAACCAUCAGCGCACCACACAUGCAUGCGUACGCCCUGGAGCUUCUACACGACCAGCUGUACGAUGGAGCCAAAGCUCUGGACGUGGGCUCCGGCAGUGGGAUCCUGUCCGUCUGCUUUGCACGAAUGGUAGGUCCGAAAGGAAAAGUUAUAGGAAUCGAUCACAUCAAAGAGCUCGUAGACGACUCGAUAAACAACGUGAAGAAAGACGACCCCAGCUUGAUCACGUCGGGCCGAAUCAAGCUGUUUGUGGGAGACGGGAGACUCGGCCACCCGGAGGAGGCACCGUAUGAUGCCAUCCACGUCGGCGCUGCGGCACCCACGGUCCCUCAAGCUCUCCUGGACCAGCUGAAGCCCGGCGGCCGGCUCAUUCUGCCCGUGGGCCCGGCGGGCGGCAACCAGAUGCUGGAGCAGUAUGACAAGUUGGAGGACGGCAGCACCAAAAAGAAGCCCUUGAUGGGGGUGAUUUAUGUGCCUUUAACAGACAAAAACCUGCAGUGGUCCAGGUGGAAGUGACUUCCUUCUCCCCCCUCCUCCCUCUUUCUCCUUCUCACAGUGGCAAAGGGAUGAACUCUGAAGAGGAAGACAGUCCAUAAUCCACCUUUUUAAGUUUGAGCCUAGAAGAAAAGUGGGAUGGAGACGAACAGCACCCUGACAUUUCACUCAAAGCAUAACUAAACAUGCUCCUUUUUGUUUCAGUCUAAUGAAGGACUGGAGUAUCAAAUUGAUGGCAGCCCAGGAAGAAGGGCUGUGAAGAAAGACUGAAGCUCUGCGCAGAAAAAUCCAGGAGGGAAUUUUUUUUUUUUUCUCUCUUUAAGGCUGGCUUUUUUUUUUUCGGGGUGGAUGUUAUGUAUUCUUUUUAACUGCUGGAUUUUAGUUUUUUUUUUUUUUUUUUUUUUGGUGUUGUUUUUUGUAGUUUUACCAUUUGAAUUGCAGUUUUUUUGCAUUUUUGCAACCUUACAUUUCAGCAGCAUCACAGCUGAAUGUAGGAGGAACGCCGGACAACCAAGACAAAUGCCUGAGCCUUUUCAGAUUAAUCACCUACCUGCUGUGUGUGUGUUUGUGUGUGUGUGUGUGUGUAUCAUCAACUGUAGACUUCUCUGCUAAAACAUGAGCUUUCAUCCCCUUCCAGCAGUAUUAGAAAGACACACACAUACACACACACACACACAGGCACCACAAUGGCUGAUGAAAUCCACACAUCCCGUUUGAUGUGCAGCACUUUUUAGGCCAUACGUCACGCAAAACAAACAACUCAUGGGCUCAUUCUCGGCAUACUCCAAAGAGAACAGCGCACCGAUAACACCGACACGCGUGCACACAUGCAGGGCUGUGCUUUCCACUUUGUGAAGUGUUGCUUUCUGCCGCUGGUUUCCAUUCAUCACCCGCGCAGGCUCCUCUGGUGACUGACGCUAACUGUGGAAAAGUCACUGCUUUGCCAAAAUAAAACUCCAACAUAGAGCAAAUGAAUGUCUGUUUUCUUGGGAGGGAAUAAAAAAAAAAUAAAUAGACGAACGUGGAGUCAGAAAAGCACAUUUUAUUUUGGAUGAUCUGAAAGAUUCUUGGCUUUCACAGUUUCUGGAAUGGCUUAUGAAAAUAAAGAGAUGCUUAUGUUUU